AUGGAAUUUAAAAGUUUCUUUUUCUUUUUAUUUCCACAGCCUGGAGAAAGUCAUCACUUCCGGCCAAAACCACAUCCAUACCAAAGGCCACAGCAACCCAUUUACCACAGACGACAUUCACAAGUCUCUUCUGUUUACCCAAGAUAUGAUCAAUAUCCACGUUAUUUCUAUGUUUCACAGAAACAGCAAGCUCAAAAACCUCAAAUUUUACCAAUUCAAACUCCAUGGCAACGCGUCUGCCCUCCAGGAUAUACUGUGAGGCUGCUCCGUCACCAUCAUUCUAGGUUUCUAUGCGUCCCUAAUAAACAGUUAACCCCUGACAAAAUAGAAACAAAAGUCACUACACCAGCACCGACCACCAAGCCUACCACAGAUUCAACCACACCAGCACCAACCACCAAGCCUAUCACAAAUUCAACCACACCAACCGACCACCAAGCACCGACCACCAAGCCUACCACAGAUUCAACCACACCAGCACCGACCACCAAGCCUACCACAGAUUCAACCACACCAGCACCGACCACCAAGCCUACCACAGAUUCAACCACACCAGCACCGACCACUAAGCCUACCACAGAUUCAACCACACCAGCACCGACCACUAAGCCUACCACAGAUUCAACCACACCAGCACCGACCACUAAGCCUACCACAGAUUCAACCACACCAGCACCGACCACUAAGCCUACCACAGAUUCAACCACACCAGCACCAACCACCAAGCCUAUCACAAAUUCAACCACACCAGCACCAACCACCAAGCCUACCACAGAUUCAACCACACCAGCACCAACCACCAAGCCUACUACACCUAAGCCUAGCACCUCAACAGACAUACCUACAUCAACUAACUCUGCUAACAGCUCUUCCUCUACUACUACAUCAAGUACCACCAUCCAAACUACAACUCUGUCACCUUUUCAACAGAUGCUUCAGUGGCUUCAGAUGUACUUUGGUUAA